CGGCUGUGCCCCCCUCCAGAACCCGGCCCUCUGUUUCUGCAACGCGCAGUGUGACUAGCCAGUAGCAGGCUCGUAUUGGCCCCUGGGGAUAAAGGGUGUUCCCAGAAUAGCAGAAGGUGGAUCGCGUCCUGUUGAGUGCCACCUGGGAUUAUUUCCCAGGUGCUAACUGCUCGGUGUCGGGCAAUCGGGAAUCCUGUUCAGAAGUUAGUAGAAAAGUAGGCAGGGAAAGCAAUUGAGUUUAAAAUAUAUGACUUUACACAAAUAAUAUUGUGACUCCUUAUGGAGUACUUUGAGUAUAUAUCCUGCGUUGACUGUUGUGCACAGGUUGGAUGAACGUGCAGCCACCACGAGUUGAAUAGGAAAGAGGAGGGCAAAAAAUGAAGCGCUUCAUUAGCGUGUUUGGAGGGAACACAGUAAGGAAAACUGCCAGCGGAGGUGUCUAGGUGGAGAGGAUGGAAAUGCAUGUUUGAGGGGAAGGAUAAUCUGUUCUUCGAAGUAAGCUUCUGGGUUUUUAUUCUUCAAAAGGUUUAAUUGCUUGGCUUUCCUCUGAUCUGAGGUUUGUGCUGUCAUCUGGCAUCUUACAUAAAAUGUGUCCAUUUCAGAAGGGUGUUUAACAUUGGUGGGUUACCCAAAAGUUGGUAGUUCUCUCUCCCAGGAUACACUGUCAAUUGAAUUCUUGUUUGAAGAGAUUACCCUUUAAUUCAGGUAAGAUAUGGGAUGCUCAGAGACACAUUUGAAAUAAAAUACUAUGGAGGCUUGGCUUUACUAAGAAAUUUAGCCUUUAAAAGCCCUUGAUAACUAAAAGUUAAAAUUUGGUCAGCUGUUACUACUUGAGUAGUAUUUGAGAAAAGCUGUUCUUAAAGUUGGUUCACUGUUUUGGAAAAACUCAGUGUUAAUAAGGCUAAAUAAUUACAGGAUGCUAGUGAGCUGAAGAACUUUUCAGUUUCUUGAGUCCUACUCCUGGUGGGUACACUUGGCAGAUUCAGCCAUUUUAAUACCUGCCUGAAAAACAUAGGUGGAACUGAAACUUCGUUUUGUUUUUUUUUGUUUUGUUUUUUUUUUUUACCCCCAGAAUAUCCUCUUAAGUUCUCAAGAUCAUGUCAUAACUCUCAGCAGAGUUGUCUGAUCUUGGACAGGUAGUUUCAUCCCUAGGGAUUUAAACAGCACCUGGUGAGUCCUGGGUAAAGAUGAAUAGGGCAGAAUUCAUGUGGCUGAAUUUGGUGUUAUGGCCUUAGAUUGCCCCACCUGAUCAUAGAAAUGGUAAACACAGGUAGUCACAAUUCCAUGUUUAUUGUGUGUUCUUAGGCCGGGGGUAGCGGAUGCUUCUGUGGGUUCUUAGGCUGAUAGGUACAUUGAUCCUUUUUGGUUUUCCAGACCAAUCAGUAAAAAGAAAAAAGAGCAUGACUCUAAAAGAUGUAUAUUUAUAAACAGUGUGGUGUGUUAUUAAUCAUUCAUGUGUGUUGUAAAUGACACCAAAACUAGAGUAAAAAGAUGACAUUAAAAAAAGAAGAGAUAUUUUCUUCUCAUACUCCAGUGGACCACUUAUCUACUCCCCGAAGUAGUAUACUCAUUUGUGGACCCCUGUUUUGGGUCAUGAAGCCAGCGUGGCAAAUACGUAGAAAUCCUGCUUAUUUGGGUGUGUGUUAAGUUUGACAGCUUACCUUCACUUCAUUUGUAGUACUGAGUUGCCAGACCCUGGCAACGUAUGCCUAAGAACUUGAGGUUGUGGAAAAACGUAACUGGACAAAGUGGAAAAUAAAGGUUCUCAACGGAAUGAAGCGAAGACUAGACAUGAAUGACCUUCACUGUAUAGGCUGGGGACUAGAGUAGCAAAUGUUUUUAUUUUACUGUAUACCUUUAAGAUAGACCAGGAUCUUUGGAUCGUAAGACUGUGUAUACCUUAGUAACACUCAAUUUAAUUAUGGUUGUUUUAAGAGAUUUUAAUGCUAGAGAAUCUUAUUUUUAUAUAAGACACUUACAUGUUUUCUCUUAGCCUUUUGAGACUGUAUUUAACAAAUGUUUCUUGAGCACCACCACUGGAUGCUGGGCGAAUGAUGAUAAAGGCGGAGGCCUGCCUCUAGCUUAUUCUACAGGGAGCCACAAACUGUGGAGCUGGCAUUGACAGAGAAACUAGGGGAACAAAUUGGACAGAAGCACAAAGAACAAAGGGCAGACCAUUUAGGGGUGUGAUGUUGGCUUCCAGUAUUGUUGGGGGGUGAUGAGAAAGGGAGCUGGGCCUGAAGAGAUUUGAUCUGUAUGUUGAAGCCACAGAAGAAUCUUCAGUGAGAGGCUGCGACACACUCAGGUUUGAGUGUUAGAUUGCUCUGCGGACGGUGGUUGGAGGGAACGCUGCUGGAGCAGGGCAGGCUGUGCCCUUGAGAGAUGUCAGCCCAAGGUACAUGUGAAGACUUCUUGGCAGCUCAGUGUGGAAACCAUUGAUCACCUGUCUUCCUUCUGCUUGCUCUGUGUUGACAAGGGAGCGUGCCCAAAUGAGCAAGGUAUCGCAGCAGAACGGCGCCGCGGGCGUGAACGGAAUAAGCGUCAUCCACACUCAGGCUCACGCCAGCGGCUUACAGCAGGUUCCCCAACUGGCGCCCGCCGGCCCCGGGGGCGGAGGCAAAGCCGUGCCUCCCAGCAAGCAGAGCAAAAAGAGCUCGCCCAUGGAUCGCAGCAGUGACGAGUACCGUCAGCGCCGGGAGAGGAACAACAUGGCUGUGAAAAAGAGCCGGUUGAAAAGCAAGCAGAAAGCGCAGGAUACACUGCAGAGAGUCAAUCAGCUCAAGGAAGAGAAUGAACGGUUGGAAGCAAAAAUUAAAUUGCUGACUAAGGAACUAAGUGUACUGAAAGAUUUGUUCCUUGAGCACGCACACAACCUCGCAGAUAAUGUGCAGCCCAGUAGCACUGAAAAUUCGACGAGUCCUGCUAAGACCGGGCAGUAAAGUCCACCCCUUCCAGACGUCACACCUCGUGGCUUGAACAUGCGAGGUGUGCCUGCCUACGCCUCUCGCAUCGGAGUGGACCGCCCUUACCCAGAGACCCACUGAAGGUUGCUUUCUGGGGUCAGCCCCGAAGAGCUGAUUAGUUAAAAACGUUAGCCGUGUGACUUGCAUAUCUGGUUUUAAAUGAUAAGCGUUUUUGUGGGGAUAAAAAACACUUUUAAAGGUAUAUGGUUAAAAAAAAAAAAACCUGCCCUGGAACCUUGAUGUUCUUAAUAAAUGCUGACUUCCCCCAAAAAUGUUUCUUUUUUAGGCUGACAGAAGGAAUGGGGAACUGGCAAGUCGUGCGGAAGAGUCUUGGUUUUAAUGGAUAUGGUUAAUUGGAUGAAAGAAAGCUGAAUGCCAUCUCUGUUCAUCUAUUUGUGACUCGUUUCUAAAUUAUGUAUUAAAAAUGCUUAGGGCUAUAGAAACCAAUCACUUUAUAAUUUGGAGUGAUUUUAUGUAUAGCAUAAACCCUGUUUCAGCAUAAUUAGUACUGUUUUACCCAACAAGUACUAGUUUUUUGAGUAGUGAUGACAAGUUACGUAAAGAAAUCCCAUUGCAUUUUAAAGGCAAUAUCCGGCCAAUUGGCUUAAAAAUAGAAAUAGCAUUUAGGAAGCAGAUAGGUUUUUUAAAAGUAAAAGCAAAGCAUAUUAGAAUUACACUCUUGGGAUACCUUUGGGUUAUUGGAUUGGCAUUAUUUUGUUAAAAUUGAAAAAACAAUGGUUUAGAGAAACUUUUUAUCAGUUCUAGUUUCUGCAGAUGCUAAUAAGCAUUUUUUUCUUUCACACCAUUUGCACAGCCUGGUUAGUAAAUCAAAGCAUCUUAACAGUUUAUGUCCACCCAAAUUGCUGAUUAGGAUUUUCAAUAUUAAUUUCAGCAGGUAAUUUCUCCUGUGUUCAGAUACACUGCAGUGGGGCCGAAGAUUUUGAAAGCAAAAAUUUCUUGGGAAGGCUCACUUGCAUUUGACCUUAACCAACUGGUUAUUAGAAAAAUACACUGUCAACUCCAUGCCAUUUCCCAAAAUAAUAGCCUAAGAAAACUUGAAAGUAUAAGGUUUAACAGUUAAUUUAUUUCACUUAAACACAUUUAUAUUCUUUUUAUGACAUUUCUUAGUAGGCUAUAUUCUUCCAGACUUUUGUACCACUUUUUAUUCAUUUGUAUGCAUUUAUGUCCCAUAAAUUAUUUUAGCAAGAAAAUACUGAUAAAACUCAGGAUAUUGAUAUUUUUGUUGAGACUAAAAAGUGGUAGUCACUAGAAUGGGAAUCUCUAGGAUCUGGAUUAUAUCAGUGUUGGUAGUUUUGAUUGCCCUUGUUUCUUUCUUUAAUGCAGUUCUAGCUCAAAUUUGUUGGAAGUCUAUUUUUUUCUUCUUUCAGUUUUUGUUUUUGGAUGACCCAGGCUGGUGACAAGAGACUGAGUCACAUCUGAUUUUAAAAGUUACCAGCUAUCUUAUUUGAACAUGGUCAUUUUAGGCCACACUGUUGUUUCAUACCAGAACCUGGGACAUUGUAACCAGGAGGUAAUUCAAGUUGCACCCUCAGGCUGAUGGAGGAGUGGUGUCUGUGCCCUUCUGGUCAGCAGAAGACUAUCACAGUGCCCUGCAGCUCAGCAAAGCCAUCAACAAAGGCCAGGAGUCCCUUCUGCAUGUGACAUGAGCCCAGUAUUGUCCCAUGAGAGCCACUGUCCCAGGAUGGUUAACUCCCGAGAGAGCCAGGAGACAGGAUAGGGGUUGCUGUUAGGGUCCAACAUUGGUCACCUUGGUUGGAGUACUGAUCAAGGUUGAUAGAGGUUUUAAAUAACUAGGAGAUGCCCCAGAAUCCUGCUGGAUGUUCAGUAGCACCUCACUCGGGAUGCUGAAUCUUGAAGCAUCCGUAAGAGGUGCUAUUUACUAAACAGUAUCUUUCAGAAUUGGAUGUCCACAUGGAAUUUAUUGUUACCCAUUAUAUGAAGUGACCUAACUAUCGGAAGAGAAGCUUUAGGGAAAUCAUCAGGAAUGUACUCAGUUAUUUCAAAUAAGAAAAUAAGAUUGGAACUUUUGGAACAAUUGAUUCAAACUUUUCUUUUACCUAUGCAAAUAAGAACUAGUACAAGCAGUCGUGCAGUUUUACGCAUAACGUAAAAAGAUGUUAAUCAUGGUCUUGACUGUCUUACUGAAGUGUUUGGGAAUGAAAGUUUUUCAUUUGAUAGGUUUAUCAGUAUAAAAUGGAGGGAAACCAAGUGUGGGGAAUGGGUAAGUGUAGAGCUUUGGGAAUUGUAAAUGACUUGUAACUUUUUUGUUUUGUAGGUUUUGUGUGACCCAUUAGGAUAUGAUCUGCCUUUGCUGGCAGGUCUAGUGGUUUAGGAAUUAGGCUUCAGUAUAAAUUUCUAGCUGCAUCUGAGUCAUCCGGGGUGGGUGCUUUCUGACUGGUCUGCAGGUGGUGCCAGUGAACAGUGCUUCCUGCUGUCUGACCCCUUUUAGUUACUGGGAUGUGAGCUCAUACUUUGGACAUUCUUACCAAGAAGUAGUAAGAUUUUAAUAAAACAUGACCAGAAUUUUGAAAUUCAGGUCAUGAGUGUGAAAUUCUCAAAUUUACAUAAAGAAGUAGAAGGAUGUACACUGUAAUAUUUGAGGUUAAAAAGGAAGGAAAUCAUAGCAGCUUUUGAUGUUUCUUAAUCCCCAUUAGAAGGUUUGAAGCUUUGUACCUGAACAACCCAGUUAAAGCACUAGGAGUGUUUUUGAUGCCUUAGAAAUAGAAAUUUUUUGUUUGACAAAAGCUAGGAAGGAAUAAAGUCCAUUCUAUAGCUAUUAGAUCUGCCUCUCAGGAAAAAGUACUUGGUCUUUUUGUUCCUGGCUUUCCUCAGUUUGUGAGAUAACUCUAUUUUUUUAAAAUAUUUUAUUUCUUUCAAUGGAUUUGAAAUAAAAAACCUUUGGAAUAA